UCUUUCCUCCUGUUACCUGACUCAGUGGAACUUGCUUGCAAGAGACUUCUAGCAUCCCAAACAUUUUUGUUCAGGCAACUAAAUAACGGUUCAUCAAUGGCAGGACGAGGCAAAACCUUAGGAUCCAGCGCUGCUAAGAAGGCCACCUCCAGGAGCAGUAAAGCUGGUCUCCAAUUUCCAGUCGGCCGUAUAGCCAGAUUCCUCAAGGCUGGAAAGUAUGCGGAGCGUGUUGGCGCCGGCGCUCCUGUCUAUCUCGCCGCUGUCCUUGAGUAUCUUGCUGCUGAGGUUCUUGAGUUGGCUGGAAAUGCCGCUAGAGAUAACAAGAAGACGAGGAUUGUCCCUCGCCACAUUCAAUUGGCGGUGAGGAACGAUGAAGAGUUGAGCAAGCUUCUAGGUGACGUUACCAUUGCAAACGGUGGUGUUAUGCCUAACAUUCACAAUCUUCUGCUUCCCAAGAAAGCCGGAGCUUCAUCCAAAAGUAGCGCAGCUGACGAUGACUCUUAAAUCUGGCUUCGUUUUUAGAAAACCUUAUUUAAUUUUAUUGGCUCUCGCUUCGUAGGAUUUUGAUCUUCCGUGAUUUGUAAUUGUAGUUAGUGGCUCUGUUAGGGAUGUUGUUUAUAGAAAACGGUCUCAGCUAGAAGAAAUAUUGAUGAAAUUGUGGGUUAUUUUCAUGUUUCAUGUGUCAUUUAAUUGUUAUUCAUAAAACUCGAUUUCAUCUAGCGACUUAGACAUUGCUUCUUGGA